AUGGUCAUGUCAAUGAGUGACCUCAUCCAGGGUGAUGUCAAUGAUCCUUCAACCCAGUUCGAAGGAGUCCGAGACCAAUUGAUUCCUCUCAUCGAUAGCCCUAAUCAUACUAGUCCUGUUGCCAAUCAAGAGAUUGAUCCAGCCAAUCUCUUCGGUCCUUUAUCCACUGCUGAUACCACAAUGAACGACACAGUAAUCUCAAGCCUUGAUUGCGCCAUCAACAAAACCUGCACCGAUCUUCAAUCCAAGUUGAAUCUAGAUCCUGAGCACUUGAGUAUUGCACUCUUGACUAGCACGUGUGAUCCUGAAGCAAGACACGCGAACAUGAUAUUUGCUAUGGCUGCAUAUCAUCAGCUCAGCGUUCAGUCUAACAUGAGCUCGGCUGCAAACCAUUUGUAUGACGACAGGUUCAAGGACUUUGUGCGCACUCAAGCUUGCAUGAUCUUGCUCAACCCCACCCUUGAAGCAUAUUCGAACAAUCCACAUCUAAAUGGAGCUCUUCCGAAAACUUUGUAUUAUCUCACCCUUGAUGCGGUUGAUCAACAGUCCACUGAGUGGAAAGAAGACCAUCUCGCUUCUAAACAACUUCAAGAUGAUCCGGUUGCUCUUGAAAAUUACCGAGAGGCAGUUGGCGAGCUCUUGAAGAAUCAACGCAGCAACUUGCGUACACUGCUUUUGGCAAACAUACUCGAAACACAGAGGAUUACCAUCAAGGGACCUGUUCCCAAUCGCCAUGAGAUGCUAACUUCUAUCUACCAAGACCUCCCACCCAAGGGGGAGAAGUUGACCGCCACCCAGAUCCAAGCCCAAGUCAAUGGGAAUUGGGCGAUGCGGAUCCGAAUGAGCUAUGCUCGACUGGUGAUGGUGCACUACUACGUCCACAAGUCUAAAAAGACCUCGCAGUGGGUGGAAAUUGACGAACGACUUGGUAUUUUACGAGCCUCCUCAGUUGAUUUUCAUCAGCACCACGCACAGCUCGUCUUGGAUAAGGAUAACGAGCUUUUCUCUCACCUCAAGAAUUUCGGUGAAAUUCCAAAGGAGGACUUUACUGUUCCUGGCCUUCACGAUGUCCGAGCUUCAAUGAUGGCUCGUGGAACCCCUGCCAACGAAUAG